GGCGCUGUCAGCCAAUCACAGGGCCGCUUGUUGGUAGACGGAUGGGGUUCACAAUAGUGAGGCCUCUCUGCUCACAGGAAAGAAGACGAGAAAGGCAGGGGUGUCAUCAUUGCCCUGUGGAGGCUGACGCGCUGCGUCUCCGUGCUGAGGAGUAAAUUAACGGCGACAGCGAGCUGUCCUGUCGUUUGUGGUCGCGCUCCGCUGUCAGCCCUCGGUGUCAGAGUCCCAUCAUCGUCCCUGGCGAGGAUGCCGCAAAAAACAAACAAGUCGAGAGACGCGCCGCUGGCUGACUCACCGGGCUCUGUCCAGGCGGGCGCCGCCGCCGCUGCCGCUGAGGCGUCCCGGGGGGAGGACCAAGCGGAAGGAGGAGAUGACAAUGUCGGAGACAGUGAGAUCAUCAAGUCACCCAGUGAUCCCAAGCAGUACAGGUACAUCGUCUUAGAGAACGGCCUGCGAGCUUUGCUCAUCUCCGAUUUCAGCGGACCGGCAGCACCAGAGGACGAGGACUCCGACAAAGAGGAAGAGGGUGAAGAAGAAGAGGAUGGAGACUCUGGAGAUGAAACAGAGGAUGAGUCUGAGGAGGAAGAUGGGGACCAGAGCGAUGAUGAAGAUGAGGACGGGAAAAAGAAGAGAGGAAAUGCAGAGAAACAGUCUGCAGCGGCGCUGUGUGUCGGCGUGGGCAGCUUCAGCGACCCCGGCGAUCUCCCCGGCCUGGCUCACUUCCUGGAGCACAUGGUCUUCAUGGGCAGCGAGAAAUAUCCCUCAGAAAAUGGCUUUGAUGCGUUCCUCAAGAAGCACGGCGGCAGCGACAACGCCUCCACCGACUGCGAAAGGACCGUCUUUCAGUUUGACGUCCAGAGAAAAAACUUCAAAGAAGCUCUUGACAGGUGGGCGCAAUUCUUCAUCUGCCCUCUGAUGAUCCGAGACGCCAUCGACAGGGAGGUGGAGGCCGUCGACAGCGAGUACCAGCUGGCUAAGCCGUCCGACUCACACAGGAAGGAGAUGUUGUUUGGCAGUCUGGCCAAACCUGGACACCCUAUGGGCAAAUUCUACUGGGGAAAUGCGCAGACGCUGAAGCAGGAGCCCAAGAAGAAGAAGAUCAAUGUGUAUAAGCGACUGCGUGCCUUCUGGAAGAAGUACUACUCAGCCCACUACAUGACUCUGGCAGUGCAGUCAAAAGAGAAGCUGGACACUCUGGAGGAGUGGGUGAAAGAGAUCUUCAGCAAAGUGCCCCACAACGGUUUGCCGAAGCCAGAUUUCUCUGAUUUGUUGGACCCAUUUGACACCCCAGCCUUCUGCAAGCUCUACAGAGUGGUUCCUGUUGGAAAGGUUCACGCUCUCAAUAUUACCUGGGCUCUUCCCCCACAAGAGAAACACUACAGGGUGAAGCCUCUCCACUACAUCUCAUGGCUGAUUGGCCAUGAAGGCGAAGGAAGCAUCCUGUCAUUGUUGAGAAAGAAGUGUUGGGCUUUGGCUCUGUUUGGGGGAAACAGCGAAACUGGCUUUGACCAGAACACCACCUACUCCAUCUUCUCCAUCUCCAUCACCCUCACCAACGAAGGGUUUCAAAACUUCUACCAGGCGACUCAUUUGGUGUUCCAGUAUCUGAGGAUGCUGCAGAAGCUGGGUCCACAGCAAAGGAUAUAUGAAGAGAUUCAGAGGAUUGAAGCGAACGAGUUUCAGUAUCAAGAGCAGAUCGACCCCAUUGAGUACGUGGAGGACAUUUGUGAAAACAUGCAGCUGUUCCCCAAGGAGGACUUUCUGACUGGAGAUCAGCUGAUGUUUGAGUACAAUCCAGAAGUGAUCACUGCAGCUCUUUCCCACCUCACUCCAGAGAAAGCCAACCUGAUGCUUUUGUCUCCAGAACAUGAGGGCCAGUGUCCGCUCAGGGAGAAGUGGUUCGGCACACAAUACAGCGUGGAGGACAUCAAGGCGGAGUGGAUGGAGAAGUGGACAGGGGACUUGGAGCUGAGCAGUGACCUCCACCUUCCUGCAGAAAACAAGUUUAUUGCCACCGACUUCACCCUAAAGCCUUCCGACUGUCCAGACACGGAGUUUCCUGUCCGGAUCGCUGAGAGCAGCCAGGGCUCCCUCUGGUACAAGAAAGACAACAAAUUUAAAAUACCCAAAGCCUACAUCAGAUUCCACUUGAUCUCUCCUGUAAUCCAACAAUCUGCAAAGAACGUGGUCUUGUUUGACCUGCUGGUCAACAUCCUGAGCCACAACUUGGCUGAGCCGGCCUACGAGGCUGAAGUGGCGCAGCUGGAAUAUAAGCUGCUGGCCGGCGAGCACGGCCUGGUCAUCAAGGUGAAGGGAUUCAACCACAAGCUGCCUUUGCUGUUCCACCUGAUUAUUGACCACCUGGCUGAUUUCUCUGCCUCCCUCGACGUCUUCAGCAUGUUCAAGGAACAGCUCAAGAAAACCUACUUCAACAUCCUCAUUAAACCAGAGAAACUCAGCAAGGACGUGCGUUUGUUGAUCCUGGAGCACUCUCGCUGGUCCAUGGUGGACAAGUACCAGGCUCUCUCAGCCGGCCUGAAGGUGGAGGAGCUGAUGGAAUUCAGCAGGAGCUUCAGGGCUGAGCUGUUUGCAGAGGGGCUGGUGCAGGGAAACUUCAGCAGUGCCGAAUCGGCACAGUUCCUGCAAUAUGUCACCGAAAAGUUAAAGUUCUCCAAGCUGACAGCAGAAGUGCCGGUGAUGUUCAGGGUGGUGGAGCUCCCCACAAAGCACCACAUGUGUAAGGUCAAAUCGCUGAAUAAAGGAGACGCCAACUCUGAAGUCACCGUUUACUACCAGUCGGGGCCUAAAACUUUAAGAGAGCACACACUGAUGGAGCUGCUGGUGAUGCACAUGGAGGAGCCCUGCUUUGAUUUCCUCAGGACUAAAGAGACUCUGGGAUAUCAUGUGUACCCCACCUGCAGAAACACCUCGGGAGUCCUGGGUUUCUCGGUCACCGUGGAAACGCAGGCCACGAAGUUCAGCACAGAGUUGGUGGAGUUAAAGAUUGAAGAGUUCCUGGUUUCAUUUGGGGAGAAGCUCAAUGCUUUGACUGAGGAUGCCUUUAAGACUCAGGUGACUGCACUUGUUAAGCUGAAGGAGUGUGAGGACACACACCUCGGGGAGGAGGUGGACAGGAACUGGUCGGAGGUGGUGACACAACAGUACGUGUUUGACCGACUCAACAGAGAGGUUGAUGCCCUGAAGCUGAUGACCAGAGCUCAACUCAUUUCCUGGUUUCAAGAACAUCGAGGACAAAACUGCCGCAAACUGAGCGUGCAUGUGGUGGGCUUUGGUGUUGAAGAGAACGAUGAAGAGGGUGGUGGUAACACACAUGGAGGAGAUGAAAAAGGAGAUAGUACAGGCGGCUCGACUUACGGCGAGGUGUCUCAACUCAACUUUGUCCCUGUCUCACCAAAGAUGGCCAACGCCACUGCGAUAAUGGACAUUCCUGGUUUCACUGAAGGCUUGCCCCUCUUCCCGUACCACAAGAUACUUGAAUAGUAUGUCUCAGGCCUUCGGCUCUAAAGCAGACCUCUUACUGCGCCUCAUGUCCAAAGCAUCUCAAAUUGAAAUGAAAUGUCUGAGUGGAAUUUUUCAUUUUGACUGUCUGAUUCCCUUUCUGCUCGGCGGCUGACUUUAUUUAUCCAAGUCAGAUAGAUGAGUGACGGCGUGCCGGACCUGUGGUGUGUUCUGCUCAGGUCAAAGAAAAAGAAAUCACAGACGAGCAGCUGAACGUCAUGUUGGCAUUCUGAAGUUUGCUAAGCCCCAUUACACGAGUGUGGACAUGAUUAAAUGAUGAAAUCUGUACAUGUAAAAUGAAAAUUGGCCAUUUUUUAUCUAGUUUUAGAAAGAAAACAGAAGACGAUUCAUCAUAUUAAAAGAAAAGGUUGGUGAUGCAACAUUUAA